GACACAGCACAACUGAUGUGUGUAUGUGUGAAGGUCUCUCUCCAUGUAUCUAUUUCUCACCAGUAUACCUCUAAAAGGAGCUUGUGUAUGUGUGUGAGGAUGAGAUCAUAUCACCAUGAGGAUAAUCUACAGUGCAGCAUGGCUUGUCAUCUACCUACUAACAGUCAGUGAAUGCGGUACUCUGGUGGUCGGUGUUGAAGGCCAGAAUGUGACUCUGCCGUGCAGAUAUGAUGCCUCCUAUCAUGGAGUUCUUCACAUGUGCUGGGGGAGAGGAGCGCUUCCAUCCUCUGGGUGUGACGACCAAAUCCUCUCCAGUGAUGGAACAGCAGUAACAAGAACCUCCAGGUAUCUGCUGUCUGGAGACCUGAAGCAGGGUGACAUCUCCCUGACCAUCCUCAACACCACAGAGAGAGACGCAGGGCUGUACGGGUGCAGAGUGGAAAUACCAGGCUGGUUCAACGACCUGAAGAGUGAAGUCAGGUUGACCGUGGAGAAAACCUUUUUGCCAACUACAACCAGGAUACCCGACCAUGUGACCGUGACACCAGCCAAUCACUCGCAAGGUCACAUGACUGCCAACUCUACGGAAUCACAAGAUGUGUCAACAACCCAUUCCAGCGAGUCAGAGUCUGAUCAGAGUGGAGAUGUGGCUUUGCCAGUCAUCCUGGUGUGUGCUAUGCUGCUUCUCCUGGUCAUCGGGGCUCUCAGUCUGGUCUUCUCUCGACAACGAAGGAAACAGCGGAGGAUGCCCCAGGCAUUAUCUCAGCAGUCUGGCAGCUCGGUGCGCUACAGGAGCUCAGUGUCCAGCCAGGGUCUGUACACCAGAGAGUUGGCUGCGGAGAACAUCUACCAGAUGGAUGAUGGAGACAUCUACAUCAACAUUUACGAGCCUUGACCAGACACAGCCUGGCACUAAACACCAUGGGGAUGAUAUAGAACCAUGAAGGACACUUAACCAUUGUUUGAAUACCUGGGAUGGUAUUGAAGCUUUCUUUCUCACUUCCAAACCAAAAUCUUGCCAUCAAGAUGUCUGUAUAUACAGUACAAGCUGACGCAAGGCGUUUAUUAUAUAUACAGUAAAUGUUUAUAUUAUAUUCCUCAUUCUAUUAUUAAUCAAUAUACAGUACAUAUCAGUCUUUCCAAUGCAAUAAACAUGCUAAAUAAAUGACAAUAAAAUUACAAAAAUAAUAAUUCA